AUGACACCACAGGCGAAACCUCCUGCACCCCUUCCAGCCCUAUACACGGUAUACGUGCUGCGGUCGACGGUGCGACGAGCAUCUCUAUAUAUCGGAUCGACGCCCAACCCUCCUCGACGGCUGAAGCAGCACAAUGGCGACGCCAAGGGUGGCGCGGCGCGGACGUCGCGGGAUACACUACGGCCUUGGGAGAUGAUUGCUCUCGUGUCGGGGUUUCCCAGCAUGGUAGCGGCGCUCAAGUUUGAAUGGGCAUUGACAAACCCUCACCUGUCGCUACAUAUCCCCGACGAGGCGCGCAUCGCCACAUCAACGCAGAGAAAGCGAAAUGGCAUGCCGAAACGGCCACCGCACACCCUGAGGUCCAUCAUGUCCAACAUACACCUUCUCACUGGGGUGCCUAGCUUCGUCAAGUGGCCGCUCAACCUGCACUUCAUGGCCAGGGAUGCGCGGUCGACGUGGGACGAGUGGCUCCGGUCGAGCGACAAGAGUGCACGGGGAGGAUUGAAAAUCUACGAAGACUUUGGGCCGGACGUGCCAUCGUCCAAGUCUGCAGCAGCACCACCGGCGCACGGUAUUCACGCCUUACCGCUUGACUACACGCCCAUGAUAGAGUACGUGGCAAAGGCGCACGGCGUGGUGUCAUUUGAGCAGGAGGGAGAAUGUGUUCACUGUGAGCAGACGUUGGAGUCUGGAGGUGGACUGCAUCCCAUGUGUCCCCACGCCGGAUGCGAUGCCAUGGGUCAUCUUACCUGCUGGGGAGAUGGGGCACGGCGAGCCGCAGAUGAUGAGAGGAGUGUGCUGCCCAGCGCGUGUGUAUGUCCGUCGUGCGGGGGGGAGAUACGAUGGGGCGAUAUGAUGAAGGAGCUCAGUCUGCGUGUCAGGGGACAGAAGGAGGUUGAGAAGCUGCUCAAAAAGAAGAAGAGGAUUGACAAGGUGGCGGCGUCCCAAUCUCAAGCAUGA